AACUACGCUUGUGUCAAAGAGUUGCUGCCUCUUGUCACAGAGAGAACCGUUCCCUUAAAUGCAGCUGCAGUACUUUGGUGUGAUACCUGUCAGAAUCAUUCACGGUGCGAGGUUGGGUUUGUAACCAUGAUGCCAAGACUGGUCCUUCUCCUUUUCUGUGGAUAUAUUGCAGUAAACCUGGGAAGUGCUCAGAAAUUGCCAAGAGUGAAAAGACAGAGUCUGAAAGUUCAGAUCAAUGCAACAGAUGACACUGUUUGCAUGAGAUAUCUUCGACCAAGCCAAAACACCAAACUUGAAGGUUUUGUCCUGGGUUAUGGAAGUAGCUUCUUCUCUAAUCAGUACAUUCCUUUACCUUCGGAAGGAAACACCUACAUAAAUGAACUUGAUGCGGAGCCACGGUAUUUGGUUUCAGUGAGACCAGCACGUGUUUCAAAUAACAAGAAAUCUUGUUCAGGUCGGAACAAGAAUCAAAAGCCUCUGCAGCUGGUAGUUGGCACUCUGACCCCAACUUCUGUGUUCCUCUCUUGGGGCAUCCUAGUCAACCCUCAGCAUGACUGGACAGCAACAAGUAACUGUGCUAGUGACAGGUUCUACACUGUUCGCUACAGAGAAAAGGAUAAAGACAAGAAAUGGGUUUUUCAGCUUUGCCCGGUUACAGAGACGGUGGUGGACAAUCUGAAGCCAAACACACUUUAUGAAUUUGGAGUUAAAGACAACAUGGAGGAUAGCAUCUGGAGCAAGACUUUCAAUCAUAAGACAGUUCUGUCUAAUAAAAAAGUAAAUGGACAAUUCCAGAAUAUGUACAAAUUGGUACCUAAUACCCAGUCACAGCUUACGCUAAGAGAUAAUAAGAAGUUGGUCCCUGUUACAAUAAUCAAACAAGUUAUUCAAAAUCGGACACAGUCAAAAACUUCAGAUAGUUCUUCUCUACCAGGAGCAAUACUAGUGCACCUUAUUGUUCCAGGUCUCAACGAAACUCAGCAAAAACUUCUUCCUCCUCUGUCAAUAGAUGACAUAACUCAAGUAUCCAGGAAAAAACUGGGUAAGAAUGAAACCCAAGUAUGGCCUGCUGAAUCCAAAACACCAGAAGUUCAAGAAAUCUCCCCACAGUCCCUCCCAGCUCAGGUUGAGAAAAAACAUGGACCUAAGGAAUUUAAAUCAACGCCUAAACCUGAAUUGCAAACUCAAAGCAUAUUGGCUCCAAAGGAGAUUCCUCGUAUUACUUCUAAACCUAAACCUUCACCCAAACCUCAUAUUCCACAGGCUGAAGAUGUCCUGGAAUCUGUAACAUUUAGAACUGAUCAACCAAAACCAACAAUAGUUCCAAAAGAAUCACAUCGUAUUCCUUCCAGACCUAGGGCAUCACCAAGCUCAGAGGUGCCUCAGACCAAGCCUGUUCUGGAACCAAUUAUGUUUAGAACUGAAAAACCAAAGUCAACAUCAGUUCCUAGAGAGACACGUCAUGGGCCUUCCAAACCUAAAACAUCACCCAGUCCACGUGUUCUUCCAACCAGAGCAAGUCCAAAAGAAAGUCGACGAGUCACUUCCAAGCCCAGAACAUCACCAAGUCCAGAUGUACCACACACAAAACCUGCUCCUAAAGAAACACAACAAACUUCCUUUAAACCUAAACCAGCUCCCAUUCCAGAUGCUCCGCAACGCAAGCCUGGAAUCAUUCCAUCCUUCCGUGAACCAGAUACUACUAUGAUUCCUCAAUUUCCUGAAAGAAUAAAAGCAACACUGGCUGCAACUGAAAAACAAUUCAUUCAUACCAAACCAAAAACAUCUGAAAAACCAAGAGUGCCACACACCAGACCUGCAAUACAUCAAACAACCCCACAACCAAUUACCACAAAAACUUCCACUACCACUGAGCAGUCAAGGGCAACAAUGGCUCCAAAAGAAACACUGCUCAUUCCUUCCAAACCUAAAACAUCUGUUGAGACAGAAGUACCACAGACUAAACCUGCUCCAAAGACGACACACCUGGGAUCAAUUAACCUUAUAACCGUUCAUGUUGUUGAUGGGUCCAAAAUGACUUUGGUUCCCAAUGAAACGUAUCAGAUUUCACCCAAACCCAAAACUGCUCUGACAACUGAAAUUCCAUGGUUGUAUACAGCAGCACAUAAAACACGUCUGACUUCUGCAAGACCAAGGCCAUCUGAUAAAUCACAGGCCAGACCUGCUCUGAGUAAAACCACAGUAGCACCAGCUAGAACAAAAGCACCUGGCUUGCCAAAGUGGAUUGUGCCAACAACAGAUGAUGUAUACACACCUGAGGAUAUUGCCAGACAUAUUGCCAUGGAUGUAAAAAAACCUUUGGAAUAUAUUGACACCUGGGAAAAGCCAUUCUCUGUAAUUACAUCACCUAGACCUCAGCAUCCUCCUAUACCUCCUGUCAAGCCUACACCAAUGCGAAGAAAGCCUCUGCCUCCAAACACUGUGACGGGUAAACCAGGCAUUCCAGCUAAACCAGCUGGACCAACAAUGCCUGUGAGGACAGGAGUGCCAUAUAAGACACCAACAGCUUUUGCAACUCCAGAGUAUUAUGUUGAUGCAACUGUCUUCAGUUCAAGCCCUACAUCAGAAACAGAUUCUUCAGGCAAACCAAGGUACCUAGCACCCCAUGUCAAGUACAUGAAGAAAGAUGAUGAUGUUCCUUGCUCUAUCACAAGUUCUCUUGAGCAUUUCCCACAAGAAGAGGCUGGCAUCAAAGAAGAACCUACUCGUCCUCCACAAAAUCCUCCAACCAACCUCACAGUCGUGACUGUCGAGGGCUGUCCAACUUUUGUCAUAUUAGACUGGGAAAAACCAGACAACGAUACUGUUACUGAAUAUGAGGUUGUGUCAACUGAAAAUGGAGCAACUGAUGGUGAAAAGGAGAAGUCAAUUAUCACUACAAAUCAAACCCAUUCUACUGUGGAAAACCUAAAGCCUGAUACAAGUUAUGAAUUCCACGUGAAACCUAGAAACCCCCUUGGUGAAGGUCCGAGCAGCAAUGUUGUGGCUUUCAGUACUGAAUCAGCGGACCCAAGAGUGAGCGAGCCUAUUUCAAUGGGAAAGGAUGCUAUCUGGACUGAAAUCCCAUUCAAUUCUGACACUUACUCAGAAUGCAAAGGGAAACAAUACGUGAAAAGGACCUGGUAUAAGAAGUUCGUAGGUGUGCAGCUGUGUAAUUCUUUAAGAUACAAGAUAUACCUCAGCGAUUCACUUACAGGAAAAUUCUAUAACAUAGGAGACCAAAGGGGCCAUGGAGAAGAUCACUGCCAAUUUGUAGACUCAUUCUUAGAUGGAAGGACAGGACAGCAGGACGAUCUACCAGUCAAAGACGGAUUUUUCAGGGCAGUUCGUCAGGAACCUGUCAAGUUUGGAAAAAUAGGUGGGGAGACUCACAUCAACUACGUGCGCUGGUACGAGUGCGGAACGUCGAUUCCCGGGAAAUGGUAGAGGUGGUGGGGACCUGGUGCCAAGACCCAACACCAAGCACCCUCGCGACUGCCCCAAGCAAGCUCCAAGAUGGGAAUGUAUGGUAUGCCUGUCACUUACACAAGUUUGCUGGCGUGUAAGGUUUAUGCAAGUCUAAUGCCAAUAUUGCAUUAAUUGUGUAAUAGCGUAGGCUGCUUACUGUAGUUAUCCAGUUUUACAAAUUUGUCUUUAGAUGAAAAAAAAAAAAAAACACAGGCUAGGGACACGGUGUAGGAUAAUGUAUAGGGAAGCUGGCUCCCUAUUCUUGAGGUAUGGUUUAUCAGGUAUUUUAAGAGAUACAGUGUGUAUAUUAUUUAUCACAGUGUUGUAAUAAAUGUUUAAGACACAGUUACGGUAAAGUUGGUCACGGGAUGCAGUAUGCGUUAAGUUUUUAAAUAUUCCCUGGGCUUGUAACGUUAAGUGCCAUAAGCUGUGUGUCCAGGUACAUCUGCCAUGCUUCCCCCAUCAUAAAUUAUAGAAAAGUCCCCACAGGUUUUAAUAUCCUGCAACCAGGAAACUUGAAGUGCUUUCUCCUUACACAUACGAACAGCCCGUACUCCUGCCAAAACGCUGAGUUUUGUUGCGUGGGGAGCUUUCAAUGAUCGGGUUAGUGGUUUUUUCCAUUUUUGUUUUCAAAUGCAAGCUUCACCUCCAGCAAAACCUCCAGCGCGAUCGGCCCAUGGCCGUGGAGUUAGGAGUGCUGCCCACGAGCGUGGCAGUGGUUUGUGUUCCUCUAAUGAAAGCAGACAGGUACAUGCGUAUGUGGAGAAACAAUGAAACUGGACUGUGGCGCUCCAUAAAAAUGUCGUUUUUGGAGACUGCGACUUAAUGGGUCAGAAAUGAAAUGUACGUACAUUGCAGGAGGGUUUGGGACAAUAAGUGAAAUGGGAAAGGUAAGCGGUCGUAAUGGCAUCAUCAGUCAGGUUUGCUUUAUUAAGAAAGAAAGAAUGGUUUAAAACAUUGCUCAUUGGGGAGGAAGGGGAAAUAGUGAUAACUGAACUUUUAAAACUGCUUUCCGGCCAUUAAAACCUCUCCCAAAGCUACUUGUUGUACUGCUUGAACAUUUAUGAACUAAAUAAAGAGAUGUAGUUUUUUUUUUUUUUUUUUAAGGUGUUAUUCAUUACAUUACUAAUGUAUUGAAAAAUAUGAACAGGACACCCAGAUAUAUAUAUAGUAGAAAUAGUCAUUUAUAGAAAAUGCCUUAUAAAGUACAUUGCAGGUACACUGUACUCCUAAUAAAAUAUUUUUUAAUCAA